CUUUGCACUGUAGCCUCUACCUUGCUCAUCCCAAUGGAGCUCACCCAAUUUUGCCCGAGGCUCAACUUCUUUCUCCUCCUCCUCCUAGCCCCCUGCUCCCCCUGCAACUUCAUACAGAGCCCAAUGGAUUUCGGGCCCCUAAACCUCUCGCAGACGACCAGCAAAGCCUCGGUGGACUUCGGCAGGAUCCGCUUCAACAACCCGUCGGCGGUUCUAAGGCCCGCAGAAUCCCGCGGACAUCUCCCUCCUCCUCGCCUCCUCUCCUCGUCCCCCUCCUCCUCCGGUGGGGUUGCCGUCGCAGGCGAGGGGCGCCCGGCCACUCCAUCCACGGCCGAGGCUCAAGCCCCCGACGGCAUUGUCGUGGACAUGGGCUCCCUCCCCUGCCGCGGUGGACGGUUGAGCAGCUCCGGCCCUUCGGCCGACGUCACGGCGGAGGCCCUCUGGUCCGAGCUCCUGGAGGAGAGCCUGAAGUCUGGGCUCGCUCCGAGGUCCUGGACCGAUUACCUCCAUCUAACCGUUGGGGGCACCCUCUCUAACGCUGGGAUCAGCGGGCAAUCCUUCAAAUUUGGACCCCAGAUCAGUAACGUUCUUCAGCUCGACGUCGUCACGGGCAACGGAGAGCUUGUUACGUGCUCGCCCACGGAGAGCUCCGAGCUUUUCCACGCGGUGUUGGGUGGGCUGGGCCAGUUCGGCAUCAUAACCAGAGCGAGAAUCACGCUCCAAAAAGCCCCCGAGAAGGUGAAGUGGGUGAGGGCCUUCUACGACGACUUCGACAAAUUUUCCGAGGACCAGGAGCUGCUGAUCUCAAUGCCAGAGGAGGUGGACUACGUCGAGGGCUUCGUCGUCCUGAACGAGCAGUCUCUCCACAGCUCCUCCGUCGCCUUCCCUUCUCAACUCGACUUCGUCGCCGUGCUCGAGAGGGACGCCUCCAGGGUUUACUACUGCAUCGAGUUUGCGGUGCAUGACUACCAACAAGGGCUCAAGCCGAGCAAUGUAGAUCAGGUAGUGGAGGAGGUUUCGAGGAAAAUGAGCUACAUGCCUCGUUAUUUUUACAGCGCAGAGGUUUCCUACUUUGAUUUCAUCAACAGGGUGACGAUGGAGGAGUUGAGCCUGAGGAGGAGAGGGUUAUGGGAUGUACCCCACCCUUGGCUGAAUCUGUUUGUGCCUAAAUCAGGGAUAACCAAGUUCAAGGAUUUGCUCUUGGGGAGCAUCUCACCAAAGGAAUUUGAGGGCCCUCUCCUAAUUUACCCCCUCCUAAGAGACAAGUGGAAUGCAAACUCGUCGGCUGUGCUGCCGGAGUCCGGCAAGUUUGAUCGGGUCGUAUACGUAGUGGGUAUACUUAGAUCCGCUAACCCGAAUACGUGCUCUCCGGCUUGCCUCCAGGACCUCCUUCGCCGCAACCGCCACAUCGCGGAGGUUGCAAGCAGGCCAAACAUCGGGGCAAAGCAGUAUCUAGCCCACCAUCCGUCCCCGGCCCAUUGGCCAAAAUGGGACCGGUUUGCAACCCAUAAAACCCGGUUCGACCCGUUAAAUAUACUUGCCCCCGGGCAAGGGAUAUUUCCCAAGAGCUAUCUUACAACCCAAGAUACUUCUUAUUCUCUAUAAUAAGACUUGGUAUAUAUAAAUAGAGAUAAGUAGAGAGAUUUGGGUGGUUAUAUAGUUUUUCAUUUGGUUAAUGAAGUUUAGAGGACGCGGGGAUUUUGACUUUCUUGUAAUUAAUGGGAAAUGAAAGAAAAGGUGCCAUUUUUCA